AUGAGUAAUCCACCGUCUGUCCUGACCAGAUUCCGCUUCCGGGACGACUCAGACCGCCUCCUUCCUCGUUCGCCGUCUCACCGGAAGACGAGGAAGUCGAAGCUUUGUCCGUCGCCGGUAAAUCGCUUCCGUAUUCCGACACCUCAAUGGAGAACGUCGGUCCUGACAUCAGUUCCAUCGCCGUAUCUCCAGAUCACAGAGGAGAAGAAACCAAACUAG